AUGGUGACGUGUGCUAGUUGUGGAUUGCAACAUACAGAUGGACCGGUGUGCAGUCUUUGUAAACAGCACUUUGAUUUUUCUUGCGCUGGGAUCACAGAAGGAGGAUACAGAAAGUUAGGAGACAGGAAGAACUCUUGGCGAUGCCCAAAAUGCAAGUCUGGCCUCUCCCCUUCACCAGUUUCACCUUCCCCUCUAACUGACCAGUUAGACAGGAUUCAAGCACAGCUGAACGAUAUUGUGCUGCAGUUGGCUCCUCUGGCAUCAUUGGUGGAAGACGUGAAAAUGAUUAAAUGUGAUUUGAAAGAUCUAAAAGAGUCACAUGAAUUGGUUCAAGAGGCCUUAAAUAAUUUUUCAGUGACACUCCAAGCCUUGGAAACAAGAGUUACUAAAGUUGAAAAUAUUGCUCGGGACGUACCCACCCUCCAGGCUGAGAUUGCUAAGCUUCAUCACGAAUUAGAAGAUAGAGAUCAAUGGGCACGAGCCAACAAUAUAGAAAUAAGAGGAAUCCCUCAGAAGAAAAACGAAAAUCUAUACGAAAUUGCCCACAAAAUUGGUGUCAUAUGCAACGCUCCUAUAAAAAAGGAAGAAAUCAAUUAUAUUGCGCGAAUCCCAACGCGAAUACCCAAUAUUGAUAAACCCAUAAUCAUCGCGUUUAACAACCGCUACACUAAGGAGGAGUUAGUUGCCUCGUCACGCCGUAAUAAGCAGCAUCUUAACUUGUCUGGCCUGGGUUUCAGUACUGCGGGAGAUUUCUAUAUUCACGAUCAUCUGACGCUACGGAACAAAGACCUACUCAGUAAAGCAAAAAAAUUGGCGAAGGAGAAGAAUUUCAAAGAUAGAAAUUAUAUUGCUACCCAAGAGAGAUACGGAGGGGGUGUACUGCUGGCUGUACGUCGCGAAAUCAGUGCGGUGGACCGCCCGGAGUGGUCCUCGUCGGCUGAAGACAUACUUUUGAACGAAAACAAAUAUAAUAAGGACGUUUUAAAAAAUAUCGGUAAAGAAAAAGAUAUUGUUAAUUCGUAUGAAGAUAUAACGAUUUUGGACGAUGAUGGACAGUUGAAAACUUUGAAGUAUAAAUCGGUAAAGGCGAAAAUACCGGUACAGUUACAUAACUUAGUUAGUCAUAGUGAUGUUGGUGAAAGUGAGAAGGAUACUGAAGGACAGGCUAUAAACAAUGUAUCUACACACGCAAACACACACACGCAGAAAUCGAAAUUUUUUGAUGAAAUUGAAGAGUUGAUACCUCAAACCUGCCGAUACCGAGGAGCGAGGUACCCCUGCGGCUUAAGUAUAUCCUGCGUGCUAGGUGGAGGUAAGCCAAUGGACCUCUGUUCCGGCGGUAUGAUCUGGGCAUGCUGUGUGGACAAGGAUACUACGGAACGGCCAAGUGAAAUAGCACCAGUUGUGCACAAUGCCAGUGACCUAAUAGAACUCAUCGGUACAUUCCCACACGAAACGUUCGAUUACCAAACAAACACACAAUACGAGCAACCGGUCAUCAUCUACACGGACACAAACCGACCGAAACCGCACUACAACCGCCCAAAACCGGUCAACAAUCGCCCAGAACCGGAUCAAAACGGUUUCCAGAAACCAGACUGGAACACACAAGACUACGAUCAGAAUCACUAUUACCACGUUAAACCGUCAUAUCAUGAAAGCACGACACGUUUACCGGAUAGUUUCUACCCGGAUAUAGGUUCGAAUAAACCGGACGGUGAUGAUGGUUAUGUACCUGUGCACACAAACGGUCAUAAGCCACCGAGACCUAGCUACCCGGGUUGUGGUGAACAUUACACACGUUCAAACAGGAUAGUCGGAGGUCAUUCCACUGGUUUCGGAUCCCAUCCCUGGCAAGCCGCUCUAAUCAAGUCUGGGUUUUUGAGCAAGAAGCUGGCUUGCGGCGGUGCCCUAAUAUCUGAUAGAUGGGUGGUUACUGCUGCGCAUUGUGUUGCUACCACACCAAACUCUCAACUGCGUGUACGACUCGGGGAAUGGGAUGUUCGUGACGCUGGAGAAAGAUACUCCCAUGAAGAGUAUGCGGUCCAAAGAAAGGAGGUCCAUCCAUCAUACGAGCCCUCGGACUUUAGGAAUGACGUAGCUUUAGUCCAGCUCGACAAAGGAGUAGUGUUUAAGCAACAUAUAUUGCCUGUGUGUCUCCCUCAGAAGCAAAUGAAGCUAGCGGGUAAAAUGGCUACCGUAGCUGGGUGGGGACGAACAAGACACGGACAAAGUACAGUCCCAUCAGUGUUACAGGAAGUAGACGUAGAAGUCAUACCCAAUGAGCGCUGUCAGCGCUGGUUCCGCGCUGCAGGCAGGAGAGAAACUAUACACGAUGUUUUUCUUUGCGCUGGAUAUAAAGAGGGAGGUAGAGAUUCAUGCCAAGGUGAUUCAGGAGGCCCUCUGACUAUGAAGUACGAAGGGCGAAGCACCCUCAUAGGGCUUGUGUCAUGGGGUAUCGGUUGCGGUAGAGAACACUUACCAGGAGUAUACACGAACAUACAAAAGUUUGUACCAUGGAUAGAUAAGCUAGUAAGCACUUAA